CAGUACGCCUUGUUUAUGCCUGCUAAUAAUAACCUGACAACCGUGAUACUGCCAUCACAACUAAGUUUCAAAGAGCAUCAUACUGACAGCAUCAAAGAGAAAAUUACAACUAAAGAAGGGCCAAGAACAAAAAAAGCUAAGCACCAGCGUCAAGAAAUUGGGGCUGCCAAAGAAAAUAAUAACAAUGAUAGUAAUGGUUUUAGUGAUAGUGAAUUUAAUAACGAUGAAUUUAGUAAUAAGAUCAGUAAUGUUGUUAAGGACCAUAAUAUGAAGGCCAACAGCCUAUAA